AUGGCAGUGGCAACGCUGUCCCGUGUUCCGCAGCAUCGGCGCGAACUCAGCAAAGGACAGCUGUCGCACAAGCCAGACAUGGGCCCGGCCGUACCAUCACGAUGGAUGACCUUCUUCCUGGGGCUACCCGAACCUGUGAGAGACUGCCUAUUUCAGCACCUUGAUUAUACGACAUCCUGCAACCUGGCCAUGGUGUGCCGGUUCUUCGUCGACUCUGUCCAGCCCUGGAGAGCCGACGUCGAGGAUAAAGUGGCCGCCGUGUUCCAGGCCGAGAGGUACUUCGCUCAGCACUUUCCCGGCACGGGCCACGACCGCGAGGACCCCAAGGCCGAGUCCCAGGGCAACUUUGGCUGCUUCCUCUGCCACCGCGUCCGGGGUCCCGAGCACUUUGACAGCGAGCAGCCGACCACGGCCAUCAUGCACCAGAUUGGCCUGCGCCCGGACGUCAUCGCCAGGAGCCGCCGCACGUACAGGGGCUGCGCGCCCGACAAGUGCGUCCAGCAUGACGCCGUCGCAGGCGGCGCCAGGGGCGACCGGGCCCUGUGGCUCUGCUCAUGCCGGUCCUCGCUCAUCCACGCUGCUGGGGACUUUACGCGGGACGACGACAGACGCCUCGUCGUCGCAAAACCGUCACGGCGCGUGCAUCUACGGCGGUUUUGCGUCGAGUGCGGCGUGCAGACGAAUCUUCACAGGACGGGCGACCAGCUCACGACGAAGACGGGCCGCGAGCUGUGGGUUUGCUCGUGUCGCUCAUGCGAUCCAGCUUGCGUCUCUCCCACCCUCGAGCCGCUGCGCGGGACGUUGCCCAGCAGACUACAACGGCCGCGUCGCAAUGGAAUGGCCGAACCCAUCGGAGCCAUCAGCGGCGUAGCCGGCCUCAUCAUCUUCGCCACGAACCUCAGCGUCGGCAUCAGCCGGCGCAUCGACGCCGUCCGCGGGCUGCCGCGGACGCUGCAGGCGCUGUCGGCCGAUCUCAAGGGCUUCGUCUCCGUCCUCGGCACCCUCCAGGGCUACCUCGACCACGAGGACACGAAGCAGGGCGUGCUCCACCCGGGCACGGUCGACGAGCUGGCCGACGUGCUCGAGGACUGCAUCCGGGUCUUCACCGAGCUCAACCAGCAGCUGAACAGGGACCUGAACGGAUCCGGCGAGGCCUCGGUCGAUGCCAAGAUGAGCGCGUGGCGGCGCCUUCGGCUGUCGUUCCGGGACAAGGAUUUCGAGGAGCUGAGGGCCAAGCUGGCGGCUCGGAAGCUGACGCUGACGGUUGCCGUGUCGGUCGCCAACUUCAUCAACACGUCCUCCCACGUGGGCAUGACGUGGCAGAUGCAGAGCGAUCUUCAGGUGAUGAAGGCCGAGGUGUCCGCCGUGCUGCAGCGGCUCGAAACCAUGCAGGCGAGCGCGUCUCUGCCCGCAGUCGCCGGCACGGCCAGCACCGCACCGGGAUCCCAGGGCUUGUCGCUUAUGCGUCGAAGGAGCGGCAGCCACAAGAGGACCAGCCGAGCCGGUUCGAGACAGGGACACUUGGUUUCGGAAACGGCGUCGGUGAACUCUAGUCUUGUGAGCUUCCAUACCGCUGCUUCGGCGGUUCUUCAGACUGCCGUCGGGGUGCCGACGUCCCCGUACUAUCACCAACCUUCGACGGGGCUUGCGGGAACUUCGUAUCAGUAUCAACCUGCGGGAACGGUCUUGCACGAAAUGGACGGCGAGUCGACUUAUGAGCAAUACGAUACCUUUACGCGUCGGAAGAGUACGCGCCGCGAGAGGUUGGGUGAAGACCAGGCGGCUCCAAACCAGAUGUUCGACGAGGACUUGGCCGCACCGGUCUUGUCGGCAGCUGGUCACAGCGAUCCGAGGUACUAA